AUGAGGUCGUCCUGCCAGACAAACACAAAUUCGACUCUCGAACCUACGUGAGACCAAAGAAACGCCCCCAGAGGCCCAGUAUUCAGAGCAUCGUGGAAGUACAAUCGAAUCCUGCAUCCAUGUCGCCACACCUGUCGCUCAACCAGUCCACAAACCAGUCGGCCAACAAAUACCUCACGUAUAACAAGUACAGCAGCCCGUUGGGUCCCAUUAGCCCGAUGCUCCGUCUGAAGACGUUCAACCUGGAUGUUAAUACCGACAACAGUAACGCAAUUAAGGAUUAUGCUAUGAAGAGACGUAGCUUAGCACCAGAUGAUGAUCCGCAGCUAGAAGAUUCGGACGUAACAUCAGACGGCGACCGGUCCGACAACAUGCGUUUCAAGCCUAUUAGCAUCGACUAUUCGCAGCCAGCCCAUAAUAUUCAUAAUACGUUUAACAAGGGUCUCAAUAUAUUAGCGGAGAGAAAUAGUCUAAAUAUGUACCGGAGUGGAGAAUCACUAAUGCGAAUGUCGCCACCGAGUCUCGUUUCGUCACUCGUAAUGGAGAAUUCCGGCAAUUUUAACACAGACUCGAUGGAAGGGAAAAAAAUCGUUACCUCAUCACAGAGAGUUGGGACCAUCUAUGGGUCGUGA